AUUUGACAGAAAAUAUUUGUUAACAUUGAACUCAUAUAAAUUUAUACAAUUUUAAAUAUAAAAAAAUAAUAAUGGAAUCAAAUGCAGAUAAUCAAGUUACAGCUCCUUCAACUACGAAUGAGAGAAGACGAAAUUCUCAAGUAGCAAAAUUUACUGUGUCUGCAACAUCUAAGCCUGUUAUGCGCUUUAUGCCCACUUAUCGUAUGAAACCUAUUAGGCCUUUAAACAAAGAAGUAUGUGAAAAAAUAAUGAAAACUGUUAUGGACAAUACAUUUGGUUCAUUUAAUUAUUCUCCAAAAUCCAUAUUAGAUUUAUGUGCUGAAGUAAGCGAAGAAAUAAAAAACCGCAUUAAAAGCCAAAACUAUGAUCGAUAUCUAAUUUCUUUCAGAUACCGUUACAUUGUUGUUGUCAGCAUUGGCGAGAAACUAAUGCAAGGCUGUUAUUCUCUCGUCAACUUUCUGUGGGAUGCCGAUAAUGAUGGUUAUUUAUCAUAUACAGUAGACACACCGAAAUUUUUUGCAAUUGCGACACUUUAUUAUAUUUAUUAUGAUUGAUAUUUCUUAAUUGUAUGUUGGAAAUAAGAUUUUAUUAUACUCAAUAAAACCAUACUUCACUUUGUGUAAAAUGUGUUAAACACAACACUUUGUUGUAAUUUAUAUAUGUAUGCAUGUAUAUAUUUAAUUUCAUACGUAUGUAUUUAUGUUUGUAUGAAUGUAUGUGGGACUAAAAUAUUUAUUAAAAUUAUCAAAAUUGUAAAUAUGUAUGUAAGCUUUUGAAAUUAAUUUAAGUGUUACAAUUUAAGCUUGAUCUUUGCAAGAUGUUAGGAUGUAAUAAUUACACUCAUUUAUAUUUAAUUUACAUUUACUUUUCUUUUUGCUUAUUUGUUUUGUGGCCACUUGAGUGAGAUACUCGUCAACUAAACAGUUUUUUAUUUUUAUUUUUUUUUAUUGGUGGGCAUACCUUGUAGAAAACUCUGUAACAUUUGCAAAACCCUUUUCAAUUUUAUAUAAUUUUCAAACAAAUGCUACAACUAGUUCUCUAAGGAUGUGCAAAUAGGAAUAAAAUUGAAUCAAGGCAAACGAAAGAAGAACAAAAACACUAGUUAAAAUUUAAUCUGCCAACAAAUUAUUCUCACUGCAACAACACCACUUUGGAAUAUAUAAAAAAAAGAGAAAAACUUCCAAUUAUUGCAUACUGAACUGAACUUUGAAGUUGGACAGUGGUAGUUUUAUACGAGUAAACAUCACUUGUCAAAAUUAAGAAAACUGUAACAACUGUUCAUCAUUCAUUGUUGACCUUCACUUCACUUUUGAACAGAUAAAUUACUUGAAACAUAUUUCAAUGGUCUAUUAAUUUUGAACGUUUUUUU